CUCGAAACUCAAGGAAGCGUGUGACGAACUUGCGUUAGCUUUGAUGCCACGACAGCGCUUCAUGAGACCGAGGCCCCUGCACUCACCAUCUGCAUGGACUGCGUUCUCGAUUAGCCACCAUGUGCAAUCUACCUUGACCAUUCUGCUAUUCGCCCAGCAGCCGCAACCGCCGAAGCCGCUCGGACGGACCCCUGUGCGCACAUCCAUCCACAGACCAUCGUGUUGAUCAAUGCCACGACAUAUUGGCUCAUUCGCGUGCGUGCAAGUCAUUCCAAAGAGACGUCA